AUGCGCCAGGGCAGAGAGGCAGAGACGGGGGCAAGAGAAGCACCAGAAUCCUGUCCUGCGUUCAUCCUCUUGGUGGAGUUUGGGUUUGAAUUUGUCCUGUCUUCGCGUGUAUUCUUGUCCGAACAUGCUGUGGAUUAUGACAUUGUAAGCGCGUGUAUUCUGUCUGAACAUGCUGCGGAUUAUGACAUUGUAAGCGCGCGUAUUCUGUCUGAACAUGUUGUGGAUUAUGACAUUGUAAGCGCGCAUUAUGACAUUGUAAGCGCGCGUAUUCUGUCUGAACAUGCUGUGGAUUAUAACAUUGUAAGCGCGCGUAUUCUGUCCGGACAUGCUGUGGCUUAUGACAUUGUAAGCGUGCGUAUUCUGUCCGAACAUGUUGUGGAUUAUGACAUUGUAAGCGCGCGUAUUCUGUCUGAACAUUCUGUGGAUUAUGACAUUGUAAGUGCGCGUAUUCUGUCUGAACAUGCUGUGGAUUAUGACAUUGUAAGCGCGCGUAUUCUGUCUGAACAUGCUGUGGAUUAUGACAUUGUAAGCGCGCGUAUUCUGUCUGAACAUGCUGUGGAUUAUGACAUUGUAAGCGUGCGUAUUCUGUCUGAACAUGCUGUGGAUUAUGACAUUGUAAGCGCGCGUAUUCUGUCUGAACAUGCUGUGGAUUAUGACAUUGUAAGCGCGCGUAUUCUGUCUGAACAUGCUGUGGAUUAUGACAUUGUAAGCGUGCGUAUUCUGUCUGAACAUGCUGCGGAUUAUGACAUUGUAAGUGCGCGUAUUCUGUCUGAACAUGCUGUGGAUUAUGACAUUGUAAGUGCGCGUAUUCUGUCUGAACAUGCUGUGGAUUAUGACAUUGUAAGCGUGCGUAUUCUGUCUGAACAUGCUGUGGAUUAUGACAUUGUAAGCGUGCGUAUUCUGUCUGAACAUGCUGUGGAUUAUGACAUUGUAAGCGCGCGUAUUCUGUCUGAACAUGUUGUGGAUUAUGACAUUGUAAGCGCGCGUAUUCUGUCUGAACAUGUUGUGGAUUAUGACAUUGUAAGCGUGCGUAUUCUGUCUGAACAUGCUGGGGAUUAUGACAUUGUAAGCGCGCGUAUUCUGUCUGAACAUGCUGCGGAUUAUGACAUUGUAAGCGCGCGUAUUCUGUCUGAACAUGCUGUGGAUUAUGACAUUGUAAGCGCGCGUAUUCUGUCUGAACAUGUUGUGGAUUAUGACAUUGUAAGCGUGCGUAUUCUGUCUGAACAUGCUGCGGAUUAUGACAUUGUAAGCGCGCGUAUUCUGUCUGAACAUGUUGUGGAUUAUGACAUUGUAAGCGCGCGUAUUCUGUCUGAACAUGCUGUGGAUUUUUUGAGUGGGAAAUCUGUGAUGGUAAAUGCACUCUUACAGCUGCCUGUAGGAGGCGCAAUAGUCUUCUCCACUGAUAUGAGGGCUGACUGGUGA